GGGUYCAUCGUUGGAGACUGUAGCGCGCCUUGCUUGAUCGCCGUGGCUAAAAUCUAUCCUACACAACKAAAACCACCAAUCUAGACCAGAUUAUUUAACACCRCAGCUGUUAAAACUUGACCAAUGAUCAGGUUUUCAGUAAUUUGUACCCUUAUUUUCUGCGUAUUACUACAAAGAACUACGUCCCAGGUUAUAAAGAACUCUGGUGAUGCGUGGGGSAACUGGUCGCCAUGUUCUCGUACAUGUGGGGUUGGUGUUAUGUUUCAAGAUCGGAAAUGUCUAGAUGUCACGGACGAUGGGUCCUGCCCUGAACCGAAUCGGCAAUACAGAACGUGUAACAUUCAGGACUGUCCCGGGGGAUCUGGAGAUUUUCGGUUUGAACAGUGUGCCAAAUUCAACAACAGAACACUCGAAGGAGUCAAAUAUGCUGAUUGGGUCCCUUACAUUCCUGAGCACGAUGUUUGUGGGUUGAACUGUAUGCCUAAAGGAGGAUACUUCUACUAUCGAUGGGCCAACAAAGUCACCGAUGGCACGAGGUGUGGACCAGAAUCCUAUGACAUAUGCAUCRAUGGAAAGUGUCAGCCUCUAGGAUGCGAUCUUAUUAUGCACUCGACGGCAAAGGAAGACAAAUGUCGAGUGUGUAAUGGCAAUGGUGAGAAUUGUCGAACGAUCACUGGUGAAUACAAUGGCUUUGGCAAUCAUAAUUAUAAAGAGUUCUUGAUUAUACCUCCAAGUGCAACGAAUAUCCUCAUUACUGAAGCAGACUUCUUUGGACACUAUCUAGCUCUCUCAGAUGAAAAGGGCAAAUACUUUUUCAAUGGCAACUUUGAGAUCAAAAAUCCWCGYACCUACAAGAUUGCAGGCGCACUAUUCCGUUACGAAAGAACGGACUGGGGUCAAGAAACCAUUCGUUCACUCGGACCAACAACUGAGCCUGUUCACGCCUCGGUUUUGCUACUUGAUAGUGUCAAGAACGCUGGUAUAAAGUACGAAUUUUCAAUACCAAAACAUAUAAAAGUGCUUCCCAAGAUUUCAGAAUACAAGUGGAAAAUGGGCGAAUAUAAACCUUGUAGUGCAUCUUGUGCCGGAGGUUAUCAAACUCGUAAUGUGGUUUGCAUAAGGGUACGUGACCAAAAAMAAUUUGAUGAAAAUAAAUGUGAGUCCAAGGAAAGACCAACGACUACWAGACGAUGUAAUACACAGUCAUGCCCAUCAAGAUGGUUUAUUGGUGAUUGGAGUUCCUGUUCAGUAACAUGCGGUCGAGGUAAACAGGUCCGUCGUAUUCACUGUGAGCACGUGAUCGAAAGAGGAGAACCACAAAUGAUACCUGAUGACAGAUGUCAGUCACCAAAACCAAUAUCUAUGAGGACCUGUAUGCUGAAGAGGUAUUGCCCMACAUGGAACUCUGCCGGAUGGUCACAGUGCUCCGCGUCUUGUGGUGAAGGCCGGGUCUCUCGUCAAGUCGCCUGCCAAGAUGUUUCUGGAAAAACUUUACCCGACUCAAGCUGUGACUUGAACAAUAARCCAAGAAACGUAGCUAGAUGUAACCCAGGCCCCUGUACCGUCAAAUGGAUCGCCACGAAUUGGAGUCCGUGCUACCCAAGAUGUGGUCAGGGAAUCAGCACAAGAAUGGUUUACUGUGUGAGUAUAAAGAACGAAGACCAAAAAUACCCAACCAGCUUAUGUAACAACAGCACAAAACCAGUCAGCCGUAAAGGGUGUGUCAACGAGGGUGUGUGCACGGCCAUGUGGCAUGGRUCACAGUGGAGCAGGUGUACGACGUCUUGCGGUGUCGGGAUGCAGAUGCGUAACGUGAUGUGUGCCGUUCAAGAUGGUAACGUACUGAGGAUUGUCUCGUACAAACAAUGCAACGCGUCCUACUCUAUGCCUAGAGUAAGAAAAUGUAUCAAAAGACCCUGUCAUUCAGGAUGGUAUAUCCACCAAUGGGAACCGUGUUCCAGAUCAUGUGGUCAUGGUAUCAGAAGACGGGACGUAACGUGCAUGGCUGAUAGUAAAAUUGUCCCGGAUGGACGAUGGUGCAAUAAAAAAGACAAGCCAGUUCAAUUUGAAUCUUGCUAUGUCCAGGCUUGCAAGGAUGUUUCUGCUAAAACAACAAGGCAGCCAACUACGACAGCUUCCACGACAACGACUGAACGAACCACUACCGAAACGUUAAUAACAACGCAAGAAACGACCACAAGAACACCUAAAACAACGAAACCUUCGACUAYGGAAACGCCGACUACAACGCAAAAGCCGACUACAAGCACGCCAACUACUACAGAGGAACCCACUACGAAAACACCAACAACAACGCAGGAGACAACUACAAGCAAACCAACAACUACCGAAUAUCGCACUACGGAAACGCCAACCACGACGAAAGAAACAACGACACCCACGACUACGCAACUACCGACUACAGAAACGCCUACCACAACGCAAGAAACAACGACAAGCGAACCAACUACUACGGAGGAACCCACUACAAAAAUGCCAACAACAACGCUGGAAGCAACUACAAGCAAACCAACUACGCAGAAAACCACUACGGAAACGCCAACCACGACAUUAGAAACGACUACAUUGAAGCCUAUUACAACGCAUCUAACAACUACGGAAACAACAACCACAGCUACGGAAAAAACGACUAGAAAAUUAAUCAUACGUGAACCUAAAACUACAGUGUCUAUUGUUAAUGUGACGAUAGUUCAACCUCCGCAAGACGUUGUGCGAUAUUUGAACUCCGAAGUCUUGCUAAAAUGCCGUGCCACAGGAAGCCCAGCUCCUAAAAUCACCUGGCGGAAAGAAAUGAUGCCCGUUAGCGCUAUGGGAGAACGAUUUAAAGUCCUCGAGGACGGUACUUUGAGAAUAAACAAACUUCGUUCACAAGACGAGGGGAAGUACACGUGCUUUGCAUCGAACUUUGUGACCCCGUUAGUGAGCGCUUCUUGUAAAUUGACAGUAAUAGUCCCAGUCUUCACUACAAUAUAUCCGUCAAAUAAUUUUGAGAUAUCAGUCGGAGAUGAUAUCGCUUUGGAAUGUUUUGUACAAGGCAAGCCAAUUCCAAGAGUAACUUGGUACAAAGACAGAAUAAUAAUAUCUUCAAGCAGUAACAAGACUUCGCACAAGCUUAAAAUCCCGAAAGCUACUUUAAGAGACGCGGGAACCUAUGAGUGUCAUGCGGACCAUGGCUACGGUAGUCAUUCAGCAUCUGUUGCUGUUGACGUCAACGAUACAG